AUGGCUUCCGACGGCGUGGUGGCCCUGUACGGCAACAACAAGGCGGUGGUGGAGCCCUCCGCCAAGCCUGCUGCCGCCACCUUCUCCGUCAAAGUGGGCCUCGCCCAGAUGCUGCGCGGCGGCGUCAUCAUGGACGUCGUCACCGCCGAGCAGGCGCUCCGCCGCAUCCGCGAGGGCGCCGCCAUGAUCCGCACCAAGGGGGAGGCCGGUACCGGCAACGUGGUGGAGGCCGUCCGCCACGUCCGCUCCGUGAUGGGCGCCGUCCGCGCCCUGCGCAACAUGGACGAGGACGAGGUUUUCAGCUACGCCAAGCAGAUCGCCGCCCCGUACGACCUGGUGAUGCAGACCAAGCAGCUCGGGCGCCUCCCGGUCGUGCAGUUUGCCGCCGGCGGCGUGGCCACCCCCGCGGACGCCGCCCUGAUGAUGCAGCUCGGGUGCGACGGGGUCUUCGUCGGCUCCGGCAUCUUCAAGAGCGGCGACCCGGCGCGUCGCGCCCGCGCCAUCGUGCAGGCUGUGACGCACUACAGCGACCCGGAGAUCCUGGCCAACGUCAGCGCCGGGCUCGGGGAGGCCAUGGUGGGGAUCAACCUGUCCGACCCCGGCGUGGAGCGCUUCGCCGCUCGAUCCCAGUAG